AUGGAGGAGUGUACAAAUGAGGAGUGUACAAAGGAGGAAUGUACAAAGGAGGAGGGUACAAUGGAGGAGUGUACAAAGGAGGAGUGUACAAAGGAGGAGUGUGCAAAGGAGGAGUGUACAAAAGAGGAGGGUACAAAGGAGGAGUGUACAAAGGAGGAGUGUACAAAGGAGGAGUGUACAAAGGAGGAGUGUACAAAGGAGGAGUGUACAAAGGAGGAAUGUACAAAGGAGGAGGGUACAAUGGAGGAGUGUACAAAGGAGGAGUGUACAAAGGAGGAGUGUGCAAAGGAGGAGUGUACAAAGGAGGAGUGUGCAAAGGAGGAGUGUACAAAGGAGGAGUGUACAAAGGAGGAGUGUACAAAGGAGGAGUGUGCAAAGGAGGAGUGUGCAAAAGACACUCAAAAGACCAGCAUGUUUGAUUGUGAAUUUAGCAAUAGAUAA